CCGCCGCCGCCAUUCUCCGCGCGCACACCGCGCAUGCGCCCCGCUCGCGAGUGACAAGUGACAGUUGACAGUUCACCAACAAAAUGACCGCCAAAAUUUACGUGCUAUGUGCAGUGCUGGCGGUUCUAUCUGGGCUGGAGGCGCGCACUCGGCCGCGACUGCAGCAGCCUGUGGACGACGCCUAUGAAUAUGAACACCAAGGGCCGCAGAGAGGAAACGUUGUACUCGUCCAGGCAGACGGGUAUGAUGACCUGUACCGUGCGUCAGACCGCAUCGACGAGGAGUACGAGCCCCGCGUGCCGCAGCGCGCCCCGCCCCGCCACAAGCAGCACCAGCAGCCGCUGCAGCCUGAGGGGCCCAAGCAGCCGCCCGUGCAGACUAUCCGCAACUACAAUAAAGUGAAUGACGACGGCAGCUUUACGUUCGGAUACGAAGCGGCCGAUGGCUCCUUUAAAGAGGAGACGAGAGGCACUGACUGCGUCGUCAGAGGAAAAUACGGGUACAUCGACCCCGACGGUAACAAACGAGAGUUCACCUACGUGUCGGGCAACCCCUGCGAUCCCAACAAGCCCAACGAGGAGGAAGAACCAGAGUCCGCCGCACCCGAGUCCGCUGAGAGAGACGAUGGCAUCCCCAACUACCCGACCAGGCCGCCCGUCAGGCCCACCACAGCGAGACCGCCGACUACCUACUUCCAAAACGACUUCAGGGACGCCGACGAAGAGGAACCCGAAGAAGAACCUCUCCAGCAAAUCAGACCUCGCGUCGUACAACGCCCGGCUCCUGUCAGAAGGCCAAUUUACCAACAACCGCAACAGAUUGCUAUCACUCCUCGUCCUCUUCCAGUUUCCACACCUAGGGCUCUUCCACCGGCGACUACUUUCAGGCCUCAAUUGGUGCAAGUGACUCCUAAGCCACAACCGCAGCCUCAGCCUCAACCGCAGAUUCAGUACAGCCCGGAACCAAACUACUCGCCUUCUCCUUCUCCGGUAGCGGUAACGACUGGUAGACCGGGACAUAUAGAUUUUGCUGCUGAGUUCGCUAAAUUCCACCGGGAAAAUCAAUAUCAGUCGACCACUCCUUCGUCGUUGAACACGCAAGGAAAGACUACUAUCGGCGCCCCAGCGCCCAGCGGUAAUCCUCUAUACUCGACCGAAUUAGUCUACGAUCCGUCUAGCGGACAGUACAAUACUCAGCUUUUCCAAACGCUCCCGCAAACAAAGGGAGAAUUGAACCUGAAUCAAAGACUGCAACCGUACGUGGCUCAACAGCAACCUCAGGCUCAGAGACCUUUCAUUCCUUCUCCGCAAAUACCAGCCGGGCCGCCAACUUCCAGCGCGCCUUUGUACAGGCAUCAAGUCGCGAACCCCCAGGAGGCGUACCAGAGACAGCAAUCGGAGACGCAGUUCCAGAGCUCGCAGCAACUGUUUGCGCAGCAGCAGCAGCUGCAGCAGACCCAGUUGCAGAGGGAUCGGGCGGCGGCGCGUGCGCAGGCGCAGCGUCUCGCCCAGAGCCAGCCCGCACAGAGCCAGUCGGCACCGCGACCAGCUCCGCAGUACUACUACGUGGCUCCCCGCGGGGAGUCGCCCUCCUCGGGGCAGAUCGACGCCUUCCUGAGAGGACACGGCAUCCAGUUCUAGUUGCUUAGUGUGUGAACUGUUACAGCUAGCGACCGAUUUAGUCCGAAAUGGCCAUAAUUAAUCACAAGUCAGAUGACAUCGGUCGCGCGGUUGUGAGUGCAAGUGUUUAGUUGUGGGGACAUUGGCCGCAUUUGUACAUAUUACUCCGUCCUCUGUACCUUAUUUUAAUGUCGGUCAUUAUUAACUGAGUACAUUUUAAUGUAGAAUUGUUACUGUAGUGCACAUGGAUAGUCAGGUAUCACGCGUAUAUCCCUAUCACAUAUCGAUAUAUUUAAA